AUGCCAAAGAGGAUUGAAAAGAAGAUGGAGACUUCUCGUUUCAAGAUGUAUAGUCACCGAUGGUGGAAUGGAGAGGUGCAAGAAAAAGUGAAGACCAAGAAAGCAGCGUAUCUGAAGCUAGUGGAUUGUGUAGACGAGGAGGAGAGAAGAGUGAAUAAGGAGCAAUAUAAGUUAGCUAAGAAGGAGGCGAAAUUAGUAGUUACAGCGAUCAAGACGGCAGCUUUUGGUCGUUUGUAUGAAGAACUCGAGGGCCGAGGCGCAAAUAAGAGGUUGUUCAGGUUAGCCAAGGUGAGAGAAAGGAAGACCCGUGACUUGGACCAAGUGAAGUGUAUCAAGGACGAAGAAGGUAGAAUUUUGUUGGAUGGGGGGCUUAUCCGUAGGAGAUGGCAGACCUACUUCUAUAGUCUCUUGAACGAGCAGGGGGGACAUGAACAUUGUACUAGGCAGAUUAGAAUUGAGGAGGUUGAGGGGGCUAUGCAUAAAAUAAGCAGGGGCAAAGCGACCGGGCCGGAUGAAAUCCCGAUGGAGUUUUUGAAGAGUGCGGGCAACGCGGGCUUGGAGUAG